UCAAUUUCAAGUCUUUUCUAUUGAGUACUACAACUUGCUGCCAUGGCUUCUCAACAACAAAACUCCAAGACGAUUCCCCUCAAAGUCUUAGUGGACAAAAACAGCAACAAAGUUGUUUUUGUGGAAGCAACAGAAGACUUUGUUGAAACUAUCGUCAGCUUCCUAUCUCUUCCACUUCCCACUAUUGUUCGACUUUUAGCCACCGCUACCAACAACAACAGUGACCAACAAUCAGAAUCAUCACCAUUCCUUGGCAAUAUCAAAAACCUCUACCAAAGUGUUCAAAACAUAAACUCAAAUGAUAUUUGGAGCAGCCCUGCAUGCAAACAAAUGUUGUUGCGUCCCAGGAACCCGUGGGAAUCACUGUUGAAGGAGUUGUUCUUGAAUAUUGAUGAUACUGAAUCAAUAGAGUUUUUUGUGUGUGAUUCUUGUUACAAGUUUACUACUUUUCAAAACCUUAAAUGCACCUGUGGGAAGCUCCCAAAUAGAAAGCCAAGGAAUUUGGAUUCUGAAGGUCAGGGCAAUAAUGCUAAAAAUGGAGUCUUUCUUAGACGAAGUGGAACAAUGUUUCUGGUGUCUGAUAAUUUGAAGAUUUUGCCAAGUUCCAAGGUGAAUUCUUUAAUGAUGUUGGUUGAAUCAGGGUGUUCAAACUUGACUCAACUAGAGGAAGUCACACACAACAUUGACAAGCAGGAGAUACUGAACCUACUCAAGUAUACCUUAACCUCUCAUGAGCCUCUCACAAAUACAAUUUUGGCAAGUAGCUCCAAAAUCAAAGAUGGCCCGCCUAACCAAUCUGAAUCAUCUGUUAGAGUAAUGCCUUCCCCAAGUGACGGCAGUAAAAUGAAUAUUAAGGUAGUGCAAAGUAAAUCUCAGAACAAAAUAAUCACUAUAGAAGACAAUGGAGAUUUUGUUGACUUCAUUUUUAGCUUCCUUACCAUGCCAUUAGGGUCCAUUGUAAAGCUUUUGGGAGCCAACUCUUUUGCUGGAUCUGGAUGUGUUGGUAAUUUGUACAAGAGUGUGGAGAACUUGGACCCUACAUCUGUCUUACUCAAUCCUGGUAUAGGACCACAGUUGGGUUGGCCAAACCAGCCCGUCAACAUUCCCCAUUUACAACCACCAUCCACUAGAGGUUCAUAUUACUAUGGCACUGGAACACCAAAGCGAGAGAGGGAUCGUAAUUAUUGUGAUCUUUAUCGAACAAUAGAAGUAACGGUUAAGGGAGGAGUGAUUUCUAAGUCAAAGGGAUCAAUUUAUAAUGCAAAAACCUUGAUUGCACUUGACCCUAGACUCUUCAACAGUUCAGAAGAAGGUGUUGUGGGAUUCAUGAAGAGAACAACAUUUUAUGGUGUAGGAGAUAAUCUAGAAGUGAAACCACUUUCUGCUAAUUUUUGCCUUUCAUAUCUGAAAGAAUUAAGCCUUCCUAUUGAUGAUCUUGAAGUGAAGGUGAUACCCAUCGGUGAAACUGAGGCUUUGAGGUUCCUUGGAGCAUUCUUGACAUCAAAAUUUACCUUGACCAAUGGACUGCAAGACUUUUUGAAUGUGACUGAACAAGAAUCAACUAUUUUGAAAGUCCCUAAACAAGAAUCUUAG